CGGGUAUCGUUGAUUGUUCAUUAAAAAAAUGCCCGUACCUAGAUCAGAGUACAAUUUUAAAGAUUCUUCCCUUUUAGACUGUGAAUCCUUUUCUGAUGUAAGCUUUAAUUAUCUUCCAAGAACCGUUUGGCAAGACCAGAUUAGAAAUUUGCAAAGAUACGCCAAUGCGAUACGAUACGAUACGGAACGGCAGGCGAAUGUUCACAUCCAAACCACCCCGAUCCAUUCCUGGCGCAGAGCCGAGCACGCAGACAUUAGUCAGAUUGAACGCUUGUGCACGCCAGAGACGGAAUCUAUUUACGGAAAUUACAGCGUAUCAGACUUAGUGGAAUCAAGCCUCCUACCAGUGGUUUUAUUAAACGAGUUGAAAGAUGUGGUUGCUUUUAUAGCAAUUCAAGACUACCCACAUGUUCCAUAUUUACCAAUGUUGGACUGGGAGCAGUGGCUGGAUGAAAUGUACCAGGUACGAAUGUAUAAUUCUUUGAACACUCGCUUCAUUCAUCUUUUAGUAUGGAAUGUUCAUUACGAAGGAUGUUUCAUUGAAAAAAUAUUGUCUAAAGUAUACGCAGAAGAUCCCUACGUCGAAUACAUACUUCUUAUAACUCCAGACCGUACACCUUUAAAACAACCAUAUAAAAAACAUUUCUAUCACUACUUAGCAAUAACAGAUCUAGAAAAUGAAAAAAGAAGUGUUAAGAAAAUACGUGAAUUUAAAGAAAAAUAUCUCCUUGGAAUGUAUGUGUCACUACGCAUUCAUAUUGGACCUGAUGUAUCAAUCCGUCCCGCAAAAGAGUCUGAUGAAGAACUUAUAACUAAAAAUAUAUUUAAUCAAUUACCAGGAAUGAUGUUGCUGUUUGGUAAGACUUUUUAUACAGAUUUGCUCAAUGAACCAAAAGACAAUCCGAAUAAAAGAAAAAUAUUAAUUGGUGAGUAUAAGUAUGCGGAUAAAGAACUUGGAAUAAUGACAUACCGUGAAGAAGUUGACUUGAAGUUAAUUACAAAAUAUUAUAAUACUUUCCUGUAUCAUGGAUUCAGGUUUAUAAAUGAUAUGGAGGAAUGGAAUAGCAUUUACAGCCAAUGGAAUAAAGUUGACGCUGCUAACCCUUUGGAUCAAUUUGACCGAACAGUGCGAUCUGUUAGUGCUCCUCAACAAAAGUACAAAACUCUCAAAAGUUCUAUCGGAGUAAAAGUUAGAGAAACAUGUCGACGACCGGCUGAACGUCGACAGUUUUCCUCCAUGGUAGAACAGACCGGAGAUAUCACUGCCCUUGAUAGAGAUUUUUCGCUUUCAAAGAUGAAAAAGCGUGAAGAACGGGAAAAGAAAGCAGUUAAAAAGAGAAUAAAACGUGUUGAUUCAAGUUUUAAAAAGAAAAGACAAAUAUGCCUGUCUUAUGCAAAUGAGGAAAAUGUCACUCUAAGAGUAAAUGAAUUAGACGAGGAAUUGGAAAAAAUUGAAAAGUCAAUCAUUGAGGACCAUGAACAAAUGGAGAACGAAGAAAUAGUAAAAAGUAGAGCUAUGGAAAUAGAAUUUUAUGUUCCAGGAAAAAAUCAAGACAUCAGAUUAGUUCACAAUUAUCUGAAGUAUAUUUUUGACCACUCUCCAGAACAUAAGCAUUACAUCUUAAUUAGUGUUGCCAGUCAUGACUACUAUCAACCUAUUCUUCAUUAUUGUCAGUUAUUAGAGCGAAAAAGAAGAACAUAUGGAAACCGAGAUUUAUUUGUUUGCUUCAAAUUGGCUUUCAAAGGACUCUUUCUUGUGAGGGAAGCUGAAAUGUCCGACUUUGAAGAAAUUAUGGCACUAACUAUCCGAAAUCCUCAUUAUCAUCAAAUUCAUCAAGAUGUGUUUACAAUUCUAAGAAGUCAAACUAACCAAUUUGCUAAGGCUUCACAACAAAAAUGUUAUGUAUUUAUCUGCUGCAACACACUGAUCGGUUUCACUGUUGUUGGUCAUGAAGAUGAAGUGGCUUAUCUAGUUGGAAAUUACAAUAUUGAAGAUUUCCUAUUUUAUUCUCAACAUAAAAGAGACGCCCAUGGAUAUGUGAGGCAUUUUGUACUUAUUCCUCCGUUCCUUCACUUAACUACUUUCUUUUUGAGAAGUAUUAUGAGACAAAAUUUUUGGACGUCUCUAUUUGCCUUUAUCAUUCCAGGACAUCUAAUGCCACAAUACCCUGAAUUCUCAAUCCUUUGUGGCAUUGAAUAUUGGAUUCCAGUACAGCCUAGACGUUUACCAGAAUAUUGGAAAGAAGGUCUUGGGAAAUUUACCCCUCAUGGAAGUUUGAUUCGUGAAAGCAUGCGGCCUUUUGCCUUAUUUCAUAUGAACUACAAAAUGGCCGGAAUCCAAAAAAAACUUUAUACUACAAAGAUUGUCGUGGUAGGUGCUGGGGAGCUAGCACUGAGUUUUUUGGAACACCUAAUAUUUAGUCCUUCCUGUUGGUACCUAGGUUAUAAAAGCAUUACUCUGAUUUCACAAGGAGGUAUUCCAAAUAAAUUUGAAGAGAAAUAUGAAACAUUUGUCAAAAUGAUGAUGGUAUCAAGUGAUAGAUACAAUGAAGAAUAUUUAGGCAAGCUUUCUUUGGAAACUUGGGUAGAUAUUGCUGUUGGCACUGUGACGAGUAUUGACAGAAAACAAAAGUUCCUCUUAGUGGAUGAAGAAUAUGAUUUUGAUUUUGACUACUUAUUUCUGUUCUGUGGAACACAAUUUACAAUACCACAAUCAGUUGCAGAAUUAGUAACCAAUAAAGAGUGCAGAGUAGUAGUAGAUGAGAUAAAAGGGGUAGAGAUUAAACACAGUAACAGACCUGAAAACCUUUUUACUAUCAACAGUGAUCAAGAUGCAUUUUACACGUUGAUGAAUUUAAAAGAAAAGUUUGAUAAAACAGAGUUUGAUCGAGAUACUAAAAUAGUGAUAUACGGUCACUGCCUAAAUGCCUUAGCUUGUAUUGCUGGUUUGUUGGAAUUUGGAAUAAAAAGUUCUUUCUUUGUUUUGGUGGAACCGGCGACUUGCCCAAGUGAAAACAUUGAUUAUGCUUACAAUACUCCGGUCUAUAAUUCACUGAAAGCUACAUUGCAGUCAUGUCAAAUUGAGGCUUACUAUCACUAUUCCUUUUCAAGUUAUGAAACUGAGGAAACUGUGGUCACACAUGAAAUAAAUAUCACAAAAGUUCAUUUCCAGUCCCAAAAUCGUGUCAUUUCAUUUAAGGCAUUAGCUUUGAUCUCUUUUGAGCCCAAAACAAUAAAUUAUGUAACGCGUUUAGCAUUACAGAAGGCCUGCUUAACGUUUGAUGGUAAACUUGUAAUCGACUCCGAUUUUUUAACCAACGACAAAAACAUUUAUGGUGCUGGGUCAUUAACUAGAUAUAAAAAAAAAUACUACUGUGAUCAUUAUAAUCAUGAAAAUUACUCUUCUCACGAGAUUGGAGCGGAGAUAGCAUACAGAUUUCAGAAGCGCAUCCAAAUGGAAGAGAGUGGGAAAUCAUAUCUUAGUGAAAAAAGAUCAGUAACGGAAUUCACCCACCCAAUUGUUGUAACCUGUAAGUUACCUGGAGGUUGGAAUUACCUUCAUGUCACCAAACCCGGUCCAAUGGCCUUCCUCCAAACUAUAGCCAGUAAAAAACCUUGGGGAAAAGUAUUGGAAACAGGAAGUGCAUUUGACAGGCAAGGACCAGGCUAUUUCAGAAUCAUUAUAAAUCAAUGCCAACUAGUAUGUGACAUAUUAUGUUUUACAACCAACAAAAUAGACGUUCAUAAUAUGAUAUGCCUUUAUAACAAACACGAAUCAUUGCUAAAUCAGCUUCUACUUCGAUGGAAAGGAGACCUCAUUUCGGACUUAUAUAUCUACUUCAAGGAACCUUGGGCUUAUGCACUGUAUCAUGAUCGAUUUCCACUUUUUAUGGAAGAAAUACAAACAUUUUAUCUUAAUAUGAUUGAAGACGAACAAGUUACCUUCUAUGAGGCGGUAGCCUAUUGCUUCAAUGUUUGUAAAUGGCAGAAGAUCUCCGAAAAAGAUAAAGAACUUGUGGAAGAUUUAUUCAAUUACAUUCCAGAGCUGAAAACUGCAAUAGAAAAAAAAGUUAAAGAAUUUUUGGAUUACAAUGAAAAUCAACUGACUACGUAUAUGACAACCAGUAAACUUGAAGGAUACUUAAAACUAUACAAGCACAGCAGGUUAUACGAUACUGAAAACAUGGCACGCGGUAGGCUCCCGUUGGUACCGACCCAACCGGAUUACAUAGUACCGACACCGGGAAACAGGAAGGAGUUAGAAGAUAGAAUGAAAGAACGACCAAUGUCACAGAUCAUUUUUGAAGUGCCAUCAGACAUGGACAAAGGAAGUAACAACACCUUAUCCCCGCUGACUUCAGUUGACUCGAUAGUGCCCAAGGAAAUAACGUACGUUCCGGGAGAUGCUAGUAAGGACAUACCUUAUCUAAACAUAGACAUUGACAAGUUAUGUUACUAUGAUGAGAAAUCAAACAGCCAAUAAUAUGCCGAUCGAACCGAAAGAUGACAUACGGAAGUGAACUGGGUAACACCAUUUCUCAAUGUUCAUGAAGAAAAUACCAACAAAAAUGUACAAAUAUUAAAUAAUAAGCUUCAAUUCUAUUCCACUCUUUCCAUUCCACAUAUAUUAUUUCACUAAUAUCAAAAUCGGUUUUGUACCAAAUAUAAAAUAGUCAUGGUCUGGUGCCAUGCACGGGACACAUAGGUCAUAGAUUUUAGAGGUAGACAUCAUAGAUUUUUACAGAGUUACUGAACUGUGCUCUCCGUUUUUGUCAAAAAUUAAUAGAGUAAAUCUAAAUCUAAAUAAUUUACUAGGCUUCAA